CCCGCGUAUAAAGACCUGCGAGUGCGACACUUGUGGACCAAUGGCGAAGUCUCCCUCUAGUGACGAUACAGAGAAUUUGUACAAUAAAUCAUUUUGUCUUAAGUUUGUCUCUGGGGAGGGACAGUUUUUACUGUACAAGUCUCCUGGAAUUGAAAAGACUGUGAAGACUGGACCGGGACACCUCUUAAAGAACAAUGGCAUGGACAUUAAGGUCACUGACUAUGCUGCUGUUUCUGGCAUAUCUACAGGCAAUAGAGGAGGAGGAUAUCAGAGCUGGCUGCAGCACGGCGGUGAAUGACCUAGUCUACAUCAUAGAUGGCUCGUGGAGCGUGGGCCACAGUGACUUCAAAAAGGCCAAGAGCUGGCUCGUCAACAUCACCAGCGGCUUCGACAUCAGCUCCCACUACUCACAGGUGGCCGUGGUGCAGUACAGCGACACCCCUCGUCUGGAGAUCCCCUUGGGGAAGCACCACGGUGGCCCGGACCUCAUCCAGGCCAUCGAGGGCAUCAGCUAUCUGGGCGGGAACACUCAGACGGGCCGAGCCAUCAAGUUCGCCGUAGAUCAUGUGUUCCCGUCCUCGCAGCGCACCAGCACCGUCAAGAACCGCAUUGCGGUGGUGGUGACGGACGGAAAGUCCCAGGAUGAUGUGGUGGAUGCUAGCGUGGAGGCACGGGCGCAAGGCGUCAUUGUGUUCGCCGUGGGAGUGGGCACCGAGAUCACCACCUCAGAGCUGAUGUCCAUCGCCAACAAGCCGGGGGGGACCUACGUGUUGUAUGCCGAGGACUACGCCAACAUAGACCGAAUCCGAGACUCCAUGGAGCAGAGACUGUGUGAGGAGUCUGUGUGUCCUACGCGUAUCCCAGUGGCCUCCAGGGAUGAGAAGGGCUUUGAGUUGAUGCUGGGCAUGAAUAUCCACCAGAAGACCAAAAAGAUCCAAGGCUCUCUGGUGUCUGAGACAGCCUUCUCCUUGACCACCUCAACAGACAUCACAGAGAACACAAGGGAGAUCUUCCCCGAGGGUCUGCCUCCAUCCUAUGUGUUUGUGGCCACGGUCCGCCUCAAGGGUUCAGCCAAACAGGACAAGUUUGACCUGUUGAGGAUCCUUUCUAAAGAUGGCGUCACCCAGGCAGCAGUGACACUGAACGGAGCGGACAAGUCUGUCACUUUCACGACCACCAGCACCACCAAUGAGGAGCAGCUAGUCACCUUUAAUGUGCAGGGAAUUGGGAGUUUCUUUGAUGAAGGCUGGCACCAGCUGAAGCUGCUCGUGAGGCCCCGGCAAGUAACCGGUUUCCUGGACGAUGAGGAGAUCCAGGAAGUGGCGCUACUGGAGCCGGUGGAGCCAAUCUACAUCAACGGCAAGACGCAGGUCGCCAAGAAGUUUGGGGCGGAGACCACAGUCCCUGUGGAGAUACAGAAACUGCGCCUUUAUUGUGACCCUCAUCAAAGCGAGAGAGAGACAGCCUGUGAAAUCUACUCUGUGGAUGAUGAGAGGUGUCCCCUGGAUCGUGAGCCCACAGUGGAGGAAGUGGAGUGUGACUGUGCUAAUGGCAGCCCAGGACCACCUGGCCCUCCUGGACCUAUGGGUCUUCGAGGCGAGAUAGGAAGAGCAGGACCACCAGGCCCUGACGGUAAGCCUGGAACCCAGGGUGAGCCUGGUGGGUCUGGAGAACCUGGGUUUCCUGGCGAGACGGGUGAAUUGGGCCAACUAGGACCCAGCGGGGCUCCAGGUCUGACAGGUGGCAAAGGCGAGAGAGGGGAUCCAGGACUGCCGGGGAAACCGGGCCCGCCAGGACCAAAGGGUCCUGCCACCUCACAAUUAAACCUGGGCUCUGUUGGAAUUCCAGGGAAAAAGGGACUUCCGGGUGAGAGGGGACAAACCGGACCUCCGGGUGAGAUUGGACCAAUGGGGGGACCAGGAGUGCAGGGCAAAGAUGGAGUGAUUGGGCCGGUGGGACCAAAGGGAGACAAAGGAGAUAUUGGAAUGUCUGGUGCUGAUGGACAACAGGGGGUACCGGGGAUCCGGGGGCUUCCUGGAGGGGCGGGGCCAACAGGACCUAAGGGAGAGAGAGGAGCACUUGGGCAGAAGGGAUCAACAGGUCCAAAAGGUCCACAGGGAAUUCAAGGCCCCCAGGGAGACCCUGGAGCCAGUGGACGCGAUGGCCCAAAGGGAAGUGAGGGGGAGCGAGGUUCCGAUGGCUCUCCAGGAAUGCCAGGCCAAAAGGGCACACCAGGAGAGGCAGGCUUCCUUGGGUCCCCGGGCACUAAUGGCCUACCUGGGUUCAAAGGUCCUAAGGGAGAAACUGGAGAGGCGGGUCCCAGAGGUAGUCAGGGCGAACGAGGCACCGAUGGGGCCCUUGGGAACCCCGGCUUACCAGGUGAAGCUGGACCCAGGGGAGGCAAAGGACAGAAAGGCAUCACGGGGGAUAUCGGUGUCAGAGGCACCGAUGGGAAGAAAGGGGGCAUGGGACACGUGGGGGCUGCUGGCCCACGGGGAUCUCCCGGCGAGGACGGGUUGCCUGGGCAACCGGGAACGCCGGGCUACCCUGGGAAACCUGGGAAGCCUCCUUCUGACGACCACAUGAUGAAGCUCUGCGGCGAUGUGUUGCGGAAUCAGCUCCCCCAGCUGCUGCAGACACUAUCCCCUCUCAGCAGAUGUGAGCCGUGUGAGACGGUGAAGGGACCUCCGGGACAGCCUGGAGCACCAGGACUCAAAGGUUCCUCAGGAACCCCGGGCUAUCCCGGUAGAAUCGGCUCACCAGGAUAUCCAGGAACCCCCGGCAUGCAGGGGCCCCAGGGUGUCAAAGGUGACACUGGAACAAGAGGACUCAAAGGCACCAAAGGAGAGGGCCGUCCAGGGUCACCAGGCCCUACUGGACAGUCAGGAGUUCAGGGGCCUCGCGGAUCGGAUGGCAUCGGACGCCCGGGCACUCAGGGGAUGCCUGGGAAGUCAGGAAGUCCCGGAAUGCCAGGGAAACAAGGGUCAUCAGGACUACCAGGAGUGUGUGACAUGUCUUCUUGCUACCAGGCCUACAACCUCAGGAAUGACCCCUACAGCAAAGGGCCCAACUUCUGAGAGGAAGGGGCCCCUAGAGGGGAGGACGGGCUUCAAUGUGGGGGUCAAGAUGCAACGUCAUACAGUACUUUAAGACAGUGACAUAAAAUCUUUUCGGCAAAGGGGAGUAUUUAGCUGCAGGCUUUUGCUCCAGCCAUACACUAUAACACACCUGAAAAUGGAAUAAAGGUCUGCACCCACACUGGCUCUUUGCAGAUAAAAUUGGACACCAAUGCUUAAAAGCCAUCUCCUCGUGGACACCCAGACAUUUCACAUAUUUGUUCUCGCCCUGAACUGGCACACCUGAUUCCGUUAGUAAAGGGCUUGGUGAUAAUUGACUAAUUGAAUCAGGUGUGCCAGUUUAGAGAUACAACAAAUAUGUAAAAAUACCUAUGGUCCCUGAGGAGAGGGUUGGGAAACCCUGUUUUAAGGCAUAUGGGAGUCCACUUUGCUGUUCAGUAGAAAUAUUUGUCCCGAUUAACUGAAACUAGGUCUACGUAUAUUGAGACAUAUUGUUGGUUUCAUAUACUGUAUGUUUGUAGGUUUCAGGAUAAAUGAUAGAAACCAUAUGUUUUGGACUUUUAAUGGUGAUUGCCCAAAGAGAAUCAUCAUAGUCCUUGGUACUGUAACACUACCUCCUUGCUGGACACAAGGCAUUACAUAUAAGUACACCAGUGAAAAAUGUUUUGUAAAACCAGGGUAUGAAACAUAUUUAAAAAAUGUUAUACCAUAAGAUGUUGUUGUCAAGCCCUCCAUAUGUAAAUAUUUUACAGCAUGUCAAAAUGUAAAUAUGUUGCGGGCUGAGGUAAACACAGAGUAACUGCUAAUUAGUACAAUAUCAGGCUACCUGGAUUCAACCACAGAAUGUGCUAAUAUAGUAAGUGCCUGGUGCAUUUUUACAAGACAACAUUGUGAGAAUUUCGGCUUAAAAUGUAUCCCAACUACGAAAACUGUACUGUAGAUAAUAUAUUAAUUCACCUCAGGAACUGCUUCAAAUGUGUUUUGCAUAUCUUUGUUAAAACAUGUUCUUUGUUUGAUAUAGCCAAAUGAUUCAUACUGCAUUGUCCAUACUUCAUGUACAUUUUACUUUAAAUAUCAUACUAUACUUUAUUCAAAUACUACAGUAUACCUCCUGAUGUAACUACAGGGGCUACAUGAUGUGUUAUACCUCCUGAUUUAACUACAGGAGCUACAUGAUGUGCUAUACCUCCUUAUUUAACUACAGGAGCUACAUGAUGUGCUAUACCUCCUUAUUUAACUACAGGGGCUACAUGCUGUGCCAUGGAAGAUGACAGACGCUGACAUAUGUAUGAAUGGUUAAGCUGUUUUGGUGUUGUUUUUUCACAUUUAAAAUAUUGUAAUAUAUUUUCAGAUGCUUUUAUGUAUUUUAUGAUAUCCAAGUUUCCAUCUUUUACAUCAACUGUUAUGUGGUUAUAUGGUUGGACUGUACUGUAUAUGGGUGAUUCUGCAUGAUUGGUGCAAAAAAAGAUCUAAGUAUCCAAACUUAGGACAUGUAUUUACCUCAUGAUAUGUUCUCAUACAAUCCAAGGCAAUAACAAACAUACAGUUACAUUUAAUAUAGUACAACGUCAUUGUUUAUACAGCUAAAAAUAUUCAGAGGUGGCUGUCUCAAAUCUUGACUCCUAAACUUCAUGUUUGAAAAUAAAGCAAAUCAUGAUUUUUGUAA